AUGUCAGCUCUUAAUAUUGCUUUUAGGAGGUUUUGGAAUAGUGAAACGGGUCCGAGAACGGUACAUUUCUGGGCUCCGACGUUGAAAUGGGGGCUUGUGAUCGCUGGAUUGAGCGAUAUCCAUCGUCCCGUGGAGAAAGUGUCUGGACCGCAGAAUUUGUCGCUUCUCGCCACGGCGUUGAUAUGGACGCGGUGGUCGUUUGUGAUCAAGCCCAAGAACUACCUGCUAGCGUCGGUGAACUUCUUUCUCGGAUGUACGGCCGGGUACCACAUCUCGCGGAUCGUCAACUACAGGAUACGCAGCGGGGACUCUGCGGGACAGGUGGUCAGGUAUAUCUUCAACGGGGAGCAGGGCGCCGGGCAGCCGCAGCAGUGUGAGAACAAGAAGCUGGUUUUGCAUUCUGGUAAUGCAAACGAAUAUAAGCAUUAA